AUGCCUGCCAAGGUCGCUGUGAUUGGUGCCGGUGUUAUUGGCCUCAGUGCCGCCCUCCGCCUCCUCGAAGAGCACCCCGACGGUUCCAUCGAGGUCACCAUUGUCGCCCGCGAUUUCCCCGCGCCGGCCGAGACGUUCUUCCUCGACCCGGCGGCCCACAUCAACUACACGUCGCCCUGGGCCGGCGCCCACAACCGCUGGGUGCCCUGGGUCGCUGACGGGUCGGAGGCGGCAGCGGCGGCCGAGCGCGAGCACAGGUUCGCCCUGGCCACGUUCCGCCACAUGCAGAGCAUCGUGGCCAGGUUCCCCGAGGCCGGUGUGACGUUCGUGCCGGGCAUUGAGUACCUGGAGACGCCCGGACCCGACUACACGCAGCUGGCCGACGAGGCUCUCCAGAAGCAGCUGGGCCUGCACGACGCCGACCUCGACCUCGGGUUCCGCGUGUUGAGCAAAGACGGCGGCGCCAGCGGUGGUGGCAAGGCGGACAGCGCGGCCGACGCGCCGUUCCCGGCGGGCGUCACCUGGGGCUGUACCUACCGCACAUGGUGCGUCAACCCCAUGGUGUACUGCAGCUUCCUGCUGCGGCGCUUUGUCGCGGCCGGCGGGAAAGUCGCCCGGCGGGACCUGCGCGCGCCGCACGAGCUGUUUGCGCCGCCCCCCGCCGCCGCUGCUGCUGCUGCCGCUGCCGGCACACCACUACCACCACCACCGGACAAGACACUGGGGGCGCCUGCGGGCGGGUUUGAUCUGGUUGUCAACUGCUCCGGCAACGGCUUCGGCGACGACCCGCACAUGUUCAUCACGCGCGGCCAGACGUGCCUCGUGCGGAACGCCUGCGACGCCACCGUGACGCGCCAAAACGCCGACGGCUCCUGGACGUUCUCGGUGCCGCGCAACUUUGACGGUGGCACCAUCAUUGGCGGCACCAAGGAACCCGACAACUGGGACGUGUCGCCGUCGCUGGCGAACCGAGAGAAGCUGCUGGCCGACUUUGCGGCGACGUACCCUAAGGUGCUGGAGGGCAGCAAGCGCGGGCAGUUUGAGGUGCUGGCGGACGUGGUGGGACGGCGGCCGACGCGGCGAGGGGGCAUGCGGUUGGAGGCGGAGGAGGUGGCGGCGGCGUCGUCCGGCACGGCAAAGAAGGCCGUUAUUGUGCACGCGUACGGCGUCGGCGGACGCGGCUACGAGAUCUCAUGGGGCGUGGCCGGUGCCGUGGCCGAACUGGUGAAGAAGAACCUGUAG